AUGCACGCGAGAAGGGAGGAAGGCCUCGCGAGGAGCGUCGCGCCGCCGCUGCUGUCCGUGCCGGUGCCGUCGCCCUCGCCACUGGUCCACCUUGGAGCCGCCGUCGAAGCUGAAUCACGGAGAGAGAGAGUUCGCGAGUCAGAGAGGGCUGCGAACCUGGAACCGCCGCGCCCAGUCACGUCGUCGCCGUCUCUGCCCAGCGGCGCCACUGGUGAUGGUUUGCCGAGAAACUACGCCGCCAUCGCCGGAAAAACACUUCCGCCGCCUUUGCCGCCGAAAACAGCCGCUGAGUCCUCUGUGUUGGAGUUUAUCGCGAGUUGUCGCCGUUCUGGUCACUGGCUGUGGCGUUGGUGUUGCCGGAACCGCCAUUUGUGCUGCCAUUACUUGGUUCCCUCGAGUACGGCAAGCGUUUUUGUUUUGAAGAGUCCUUUAAUGGCUUCUCUAUUAUCUUACGCUUAGGUUUUGUGGCGCAAAUUGCUAUAAGUUUGAGUCUAGUUAUUAUAUGUUGCGAUUAGAAUUGCUGUAGUUAUUGCGAAAGUGGCUUGGAGCUGAGGUUUUGGUUGCCGUCAAUUUGGGUUGAGGCGUUUGGGCUGUGGUUUUGCGUAUUGAGGUAGGGGCCUUUUCAGAAAAAGCAUAUUUUAUUAUACUGGAAUUAUUAUAUAUGGAUAUUAUGUGGUAAAAUUGUAACCUUGAGUUAUUGUAUAAGUUUUAUGUGAUGUUGGUUGUCUUGAA